GAUAACUUCAACAUGUCUGUAUUACGGAAUUUGAAUCGAAAUAUAUUCGUACUUCAUAAUAUACGCCAUGGCAGGAAUGUACGUAAUAUCACCACACUGAAUUCUUCACAAUCGCUAAAAUCUUACGAGGAAAUUCCUGGAUUAUCGUCUCUUCCAUUUGUAGGACCGUUGCGCCACUUUCUCCCUGUUGUUGGUACCGUGGGACCGCAGAAUACUUUAUAUGACUUGUGUAAGGUUCUUUACGAGAAAUUUGGACCUAUUGUGAAACUGGAUGGUAUGUUUGGAAGGGCGAACAUGUUGAUAUUGUAUGAGCCGGAACACUAUGAUCAGGUAUUCAGAUCAGAGGACGUUACUCCGUCUCGCCCGGGUUUCCAGACUUUAGUAUAUUAUAGAACAAAGUUAAAGAAAUCGAGAUUUGACGGCGUUUAUGGACUAACUACGGCUGAAGGUUCACAAUGGCGCGAUUUCAGGAGUAAAGUGAAUCCGAUAUUUUUAAAACCGAAACUAGUAAAGCUUUACGCACCAGCGCUAAGUGAUAUAGCAGAUGACUUUAUAUCCAGAUUACUAAAAAAUUCGGAUAACAAUGAAUUAAUGAAUGAGAAAUUCCACGACGAUAUAACAAGAUGGUCUUUGGAAUCAGUAGCUUUCGUGGGUCUAGGAAGUAGAAUAGGUUGUCUACGGGACAACUUGACAGACGACGACCCAGCUUUGACACUGAUCAAGUGUGCGAAAGAAGUUGUAGAAUACACUUGGGAGUUGGAGUUCAAGCCAAAUCCGUGGAAAUAUGUAUCAACACCGACGUUUAGUAAAAUCAUGGACACGUAUGAACGCCAGUGGAAUACAAGUGCCUUAUUCAUAAAAGAAGCUCAAAGGCAGAUAAAUGAACGAGGCCAUGAUAUUCCGGAUGAGGACAAAAGUAUAAUUGAAAAGCUACUAGCAGUCGAUGAGAAGGUUGCUAUUAUGAUGGCCAGUGAAAUGUUGUUAGCAGGAAUAGAUUCUGUGGCUUUCGGAGUUACGGGCCUAUUGUAUAAUUUGGCAAGUAACCCAGACGUCCAGACGAAACUUCGUGAAGAAAUCAAUUCUUCUUCGCCGAGUAGAAGAUACUUAAAAGCAUGCAUAAAAGAGUCACAGAGAGUACAACCAGUCGUAUCAGCCAAUUUACGGAGAACUACAAAGGACCACAUCGUUUCCAACUACCAUAUCCCUGCAGGGAUUGAUAUCCUGUCUCCGAACGAGGUGCUAAGUAAAAUGGAGAAACAUUAUCCAAGAGCUACAGAAUUUUUACCAGAGCGAUGGUUAGUUGAUAAGUCAGACCCAUUAUAUCAUGGCAACACUCAUCCCAUGGUCACUCAGCCCUUUGGCUUUGGUGUGCGCUCGUGUAUUGGAAGAAGAAUAGCUGAAUUGGAGAUUGAGAUUCUAAUAGAGAAAAUGAUACGGAAUAUGAGUGUGGCCUGGACCGGUCCGCCUCCACGAAAGAUCACCAGAGUCACAAAUGCCUUUGAGAAACCUUAUCAUUUUAAGUUUGAGCGUAUUUAAAUGUAUGCGAUUACUCGCAUAUAUGUGUGCAAAAUGGUAAUUAAAAAAUAAAUGUUGGUAUUACUUGUAAGUAUGAAAUGCAAAUGA